AAAUAAAUAGAUUAGAGCAUCUUUUGGGGGGAGGGAAAUCAGUGGGUCUGAGUCUUGGAGAAAGCUGGGGGGGUUGUUUUGUUUUUUUUUGUUUUGUGUGUGUGUGAGUGUGUGUGUGUGUUUUUUUUAAGAAGAAAAAAAAUAAAGGGAAGAAAAUCCAGCAGAGAAAAGAAGAGAGAGAGGAAUUCCAGCUGUGGAGGAAUAGAGGAGAAGAAGACAGAUAGAGGAGGAAGAACAGAGAAAUACAUUUCAACCAAGAAGGAGUUUUGAUUUAUUUUAUUUUUAUUUGUUUUAAGGAAAAAAAAAUCUAUAAGCAGGAAAAAGAAAGAAAGAAAAAGAAAAAAAGAAAAGAAAAAGCAACUGAGAAGGGUUAUAAAAAGAGCAAAUACCAAGAAGGGUGAACAAGAGAAGAAAGUCAAGGCAAGGAGGAGCCCAAAGCUGGCAGAUCGGGAGGAUUUGCAGGGGAGAAGGGGGGGGAAGAUUGGAAAUGCAGCUCUGGAGUUUGCUGCUGCCUCUUGCGCUUCUCUGUACAGCCCUAGCCAGUGGACCCGAAUGUGGGAUGGACGAGCGCUCCCGCAGGGCAAGAAGGGACACCAGGCACAGCCGCCAGCUCCUCUACACUGCCCCGGGCACCUGUGCCACCAGGUUAGCCCGAGGAAGGCGCUCCACUGCUGGGCUGGAGCCUGGGCAUGUCCCCCGCAGGAGGCAACAGCGGGAGGUAAAGGACGAAGAGGAGUCCCUUACCCCGAGCAGGGCGCUCUAUUUCAGUGGACAAGGUGAUCAGCUGCGGCUGAAGGCAGAUAUUGAGCUGCCCCGAGAUGCCUUCACUUUGCAAGUGUGGCUGAAAGCUGAAGGAGGACAGAGAUCUCCGGCUGUCAUUGCAGGACUUUAUGACAAAUGUUCUUACACCUCCCGUGACCGAGGAUGGGUCCUGGGGAUUAACACCGUGAGUGACCAGGGGAAUAGAGACCCCCGCUAUUUCUUCUCUCUGAAGACGGACCGUGCUCGCAAAGUUACCACCAUUGCAGCACAUCGCAGCUACCUCCCCAACCAGUGGGUGCAUCUGGCUGCCACGUACGAUGGGCACCUGAUGAAACUCUAUGUGAAUGGUGCCCAGGUAGCCACAAGUGGAGAGCAAGUGGGCAGCAUCUUCAGUCUUCUGACCUUGAAGUGCAAGGUGCUCAUGGUUGGAGGAAAUGCCCUGAACCAGAACUAUCGGGGCUAUGUAGAGCACUUCAGCCUCUGGAGGACAGCCCGGUCUCAGAAGGAGAUCUUGUUGGACAUGGGCCAGGCAAUUCACAGACAAGACACGCCUCUACCUCAGCUAGUUCUUCAAGACAGUUUACUGAAUGUGAAAAACACCUGGUCUCCCAUGAAGGAUGGCAGCAGUCCUCAGAACAAGUACAGCUACCAUCAUGGCUAUUUGCUGGAUACCAGCCUAGAGCCUCCUCUCUGCGGACAGACAGUCUGUGACAACACGGACGUCAUUGCCAGCUACAACAAGCUCCCCAGCUUCCGCCGUAACAAAAUAGUUCGCUACCGUGUGGUAAACCUCUACGAUGACAAGCACCAGAACCCCACUGUCAGCCAGCAGCAGAUCGAGUUCCAGCAUCAGCAUUUAAAUGAGGCUUUCAGCCGCUACAACAUCACCUGGGAGCUGGAGGUGCUGGAGGUGAAGAACUCUUCCCUUCGCCACCGACUCAUCCUGGCCAACUGCGAUAUCAGCAAGAUCGGGGAUGAGAACUGUGAUCCCGAGUGCAACCACACCUUGACUGGCUACGACGGGGGAGACUGCCGACACGUGCGCCACACGCUCUUCAACAAGAAGAAGCAGAACGGUGUGUGUGACAUGGAUUGUAAUUACGAGAGAUACAACUUUGAUGGUGGGGAAUGCUGUAACCCGGAGAUAACAGAAGUCACCAAGACAUGCUUUGACCCAUAUUCUCCUUACAGAGCAUACUUAGAUGUCAAUGAACUGAAGAACAUACUCAAGCUGGAUGGAUCCACACACCUCAACAUCUUCUUUGCCAACUCCUCCGAGGAAGAGCUGGCUGGAGUGGCAACUUGGCCCUGGGACAAGGAAGCCUUGAUGCAUCUAGGUGGCAUCGUGCUGAAUCCUUCCUUCUAUGGGAUUCCUGGCCACACUCACACGAUGAUCCAUGAAAUCGGGCACAGCCUGGGGCUCUACCAUGUCUUCCGGGGCAUCUCAGAGAUCCUCUCCUGCAGCGAUCCAUGCAUGGAAACGGAGCCCUCCUUCGAGACUGGAGACCUCUGCAGUGACACCAACCCCGCUCCUAAGCACAAGCUGUGCGGGGAUCCGGGACCUGGCAACGAUACGUGUGGUUUUCACAGCUUCCUAAACACGCCCUUCAGUAACUUCAUGAGCUAUGCAGACGAUGACUGCACCGACUCCUUCACGCCCAACCAAGUGGCCAGGAUGCACUGCUACCUGGACCUCGUCUACCAGAGCUGGCAGCCUGCGAAGAAGCCGGCUCCUAUUGCAAUUGCCCCCCAGAUUGUGGCUCGGACCUCCGCCUCUGUCACCCUGGAGUGGUUUCCUCCCAUCGAUGGACACUUCUUUGAAAGAGAAGUGGGAUCAGCAUGUGAUCUGUGUGUGGAAGGAAGAGUCCUGGUGCAGUACGCCUUCAGCGCCUCCUCCCCGAUGCCCUGUGAUCCCUCGGGGCACUGGAGCCCGCGGGAAGCAGAAGGGCACCCUGACGUUGAACAGCCUUGUAAAUCCAGUGUCCGAACGUGGAGUCCCAACUCGGCAGUCAACCAACACACGGUGCCCCCCGCCUGUCCCGAGCCGCAGGGCUGCUACCUGCAGCUGGAAUUUCGUUAUCCCCUGACUCCAGAGUCCCUCACAGUCUGGGUGACCUUUGUUUCCCCGGACUGGGACUCCAGCGGAGCGGUGAAUGACAUCAAGUUGCUCACUGUCAGCGGGAAGAACAUUUCUCUUGGGCCGCAGAACGUCUUCUGCGACAUCCCAUUGACCAUAAAGCUGGAUGUGAGGCAAGUGGGCGAGGAGGUGUACGGGAUCCAGAUCUACACGCUGGAUGAGCAUCUGGAAAUCGAUGCUGCCAUGCUGAGCUCCGUUCCCCACAGCACGCUGUGCACGGACUGCAAACCCAUCCAGUACAAAGUCGUUCGGGAUCCUCCUUUCCAGUCCGGAUCUCCAGUUGUCAUCUCAAACCUCAGCAGAAGAUUUGUCGACACGGAACUGAGCGACGGGACCACGUACACGUACCAGGUCGUCAUUGUUUCCGGGGCAGAGGAGAGCGAGCCUUCCCCCGCGCUUGUGUAUAUCUCUGGAAGUGGAUACUGCGGAGACGGGAUUAUCCAAACAGACCUGGGGGAAGAAUGUGAUGACAUGAAUAAGAUCAACGGUGAUGGCUGCUCCCUAUUCUGCCUGCAGGAGUUAUCCUUUAAUUGCAUCGAUGAACCCAGCAGGUGCUAUUUCCACGAUGGUGAUGGAGUAUGUGAAGAAUUCGAGCAAAUGACCAGCAUCAAAGACUGUGGCGUUUACACUCCCAAAGGCUUCCUCGAUCAGUGGGCUUCCAAUGUCUCCGUCUCACAUCACAGUGACCAGCAGUGUCCAGGAUGGGUGGUCAUCGGUCAGCCAGCAGCAACCCAGACGUGUCGAACGAAGGUGAUUGACUUGAACGAUGGCGUCUCUCAGUAUGCCUGGUAUCCCUGCACAGCCAACUUCCAGUACUCCCACAUGACACAGACCAUUUUCUGGCUGAAGGCUUAUUUUUCCCAGCCAAUGGUAGCUGCGGCAGUCCUCGUUCACUUGGUCACUGAUGGCACCUACUACCUGGAUCAGAAGCAGGAGACUAUUGGUGUGCAGCUGUUUGACACCAAAGAGCAAAGCCAUGAUCUUGGUGUCCACGUCCUGAGCUGCAGGAACAAUCCCCUGAUUAUCCCCGUCAUCCAUGACCUCAGUCACCCUUUUUAUCACACCCAGGCUGUCCUCAUUAGCUUCAGCUCCCAGUUUGUGGCCAUCUCCGGGGUGGCCCUGCGUUCCUUCCACAACUUCGACCCCAUCACCAUCAGCAGCUGCCAGCGAGGACAGACCUACAGCCCGGCGGAGCAGAGCUGUGUCCACUACUCCUGCGAAGCCACCGACUGCCAGAAGCUGGAGAUAGAGAACGCGCUGCUGAACUGCACCGGUGGCGGGUGGUACGAUGGUGCCCAGUGCAACGUGAGCUGCAAGACGGGCUACAUUUUGCAAGUCCAGCGGGACGAUGAUCUCAGCAAGAGCCAGAUGGAGUCCAGCGUCACCAUGACUUGCACAGAUGGGAAGUGGAACAAGCAAGUGACCUGCGAGCCUGUGGACUGUGGUGUCCCAGACCAGUACCAUGUCUACCCAGCCACCUUCAACUGCAGCGAGGGGACCACCUUUGGCAAGAAAUGCUCCUUCACUUGCCGACCUCCUGCUCUUCUGAAAGGAAACAACAGCAACUUGACCUGCAUGGAGGAUGGGCUGUGGUCCUUUCCAGAAGCCCUGUGUGAGCUGAUGUGUCGAGCACCCUCCAUCGUCCCUAAUGCAGAUCUCCAGACUACUCGUUGCCGGGAAGAUAAGCACAAAGUGGGCUCAUUUUGCAAGUACAAAUGCAAACCAGGUUACCAUGUCCCUGGAUCCUCCAGAAAAGCAAGGAAGCGAGCCUUUAAGAUCCAGUGCACACAAGACGGCACGUGGCUGCCAGGCGCUUGCGUGCCCGUUACCUGCGACCCUCCACCAUCCAAGUUUCACGGGCUCUACCAGUGUUCCAAUGGGUUCCAGUUCAACAGCGAGUGCAGGAUCAAGUGUGAAGAUGAUGACAAUCAGUCGGGCCGUGGAAGCAACGUGAUUCAUUGCCGGAAGGAUGGCACCUGGAGCGGCUCCUUUCAUCUCUGCAGGGAAAUGCAGGGCCAGUGCGCCCUGCCCACGCAGCUCAACAGCCACCUGAAGCUGCAGUGCUCCGGCGGCUACGGCAUAGGCGCAGAGUGUACCACCUCGUGUCUGGAUCACAGUCAUGAGCCCAUCCUCCUGCGUGUGAACGAGACUGUGCAAGACAUCCAACACUGGAUGAACCCUCAAAGAGUGAAGAGCGUUGUCUGCACGGCAGGACUCAAGUGGUACCCUCACCCUUCCCUGAUUCAUUGUGUCAAAGGCUGCGAGCCUUUCAUGGGGGACAACUACUGUGACUCCAUCAACAACCGAGCCUUCUGCAACUAUGAUGGUGGGGACUGCUGUGCCUCAACAGUCAAGACCAAAAAGGUUACUCCCUUCCCAAUGUCCUGUGACCUACAAGGAGAGUGUGCUUGCCGGGACCCCAACGCCCAGGAGCACAACCAGAAAGACCUCCGUGGCUUCAGUCUUGGGUAACGCCAAGCGACAUGGAAUGGAGGACCACACUGCUCAAGGCAGGCUAGGAGAGACACCACAUCCCUUUUGGUAUCGUUUUUAACAUUUAGCUGCUCAACUGGAUGGCAUUUCUGCACCAGGGACCCUUAGAAUUCAACCAGUCUGCCUUUAAUUUUUGUCCAAGGAGAACUCAAAGUAGGGGUUUAUGUAUUAACGAUAUCUUAAAUAGUGAUGACAAGAAACAAACAACCAAGAGUCAAGUUGAGAAGACUUUCAUGUAUCAAAACAGCAUGUUAUGCCCACCUAAUUUGAACAGUUCAUAUCUAGAUUUAAGGCGAGAAACAAGCUAUUUAUGUACACAUAUUUAUAGAAAUAAGUAGAGAAAGAGAGAGAAAGAGUGAGAGAUUAUGAUCAACGCAAAAACAAUUUCCCCUCUCCAGCACUCACAACUCAGACCGUUCAUGGAAGAGGCUGUGCUCUUGGAGGACUCCAGGCUGAGCCUUUUCUGAUGCUGAAUGCCAAGGUAUCUCAUGCUCGGGGCACUGAGGUUGGGGUGGGGUCUCCACAGGACUGUGCCUUUGGCAAGUGACUUGCCAGACGCCCAGCCAGCUCGAGACGUGGGUUGCAUCUGCUCCUCACAGGAACGCUACUUCCAGCCAGGGAGCUCAGCAGACUGCAGUGGCCUUUCUGUACAGCUCCUCCUUCUCCCCCUGCCCUCAAAAAGCAAACAAAAAGCCCCUUUGUAGCCUGUCUGGAAGCCAUAGGGCUGUGGGGACGUUUCUGUGUGGAGGCGGGCAGGUGGUCCCUCAGUGGAGCCAGGGAGUGGGGAGUCUAAGGACUGGCAUUGAGGAAUGUGGAUGAUUGCUUCUGAGGAGCAGAGAGGGUAACUCGCCCCCGCACUUGUCAUUUGAGCAUGUCUGCUGCUGCUACUCCUGCUGCUAUGUCCCAUACAACUAGUUUCCUUACUGUGUCAGGACAGGGUGAAAACAACCCCAUGCAACCAAACAGUCUGCCUUAAAGCUUACCUACAACCUGCCUUUCAAACCCUCUGGUCUCUUCCUCAGCAUUGGGGCAAGAAAACAGGACACCAGCCAGCCAAAGGAAUCUGCUUUUUGGUCUCCACCCACUCAAGGGGUUCUCCAAACCUCCUCCACCCUGCUCUUAGGGGUCUGUCUGUCAAACAACUGCUUCACGCUCCUGGUUUCCUAGGAGGGGGGAAGAGGAGGAGGCACGUGCUACGGGGAGACAGUAUUACAAUUUUGGCCAUAUUUGUCAGUAUUAAGCUUCCAGGCCUGUGGGACAGACACCUUUGGUAGACCAGGAGCUUAGCUGCUUGUAAUCUUCCAGCAGGAAGGGCAUUAGCUGCAGCAGCCCUCAUCCUUCCUUCUCUCAUAGCUCCGUCCUCCUGUUUCAGCCCCGAGGGGCCCACGUUGUGCCAGACUCCUGGGGAUGCGUUUCAUCGUAGGGUUCACCACGUUGAGUCACUGAGGUGCCCAGUGCAUCUAGUGCUGUCGCUGCUGCUACAACCCACCCCACAUAAAUCCCAGAGAUGUCUCCAGCGUGGCCUGAGCUUGUCUCCUGCUGCUUCGGGUUCCUGCUAGGAGGAGCACGUUUCUGAAAGGGCAUCCCCCCAGGUGUUAAUACUGUCUGUUCCUUGGGACUCUCCUGACGUGUACAAUCUACUGGUUAAAGACAGGAUGGAAAGAUUUUUUCCUACUCUUGCUUGUUUGAAUAUUUAAGCACUACAGCAAGACAUAAGUGUAAGGGGAAGCAGUUAACUCAUGGAGAUGGAUGUAAAAAUAAGUAGGAAAACUGGAAAUGGAAAAAUGACUGAGUUGUAGGUGCAAAGAGCCAGGCUAUUCUCACCCACCCUUGGGGUUGUUUCUGUCGGAAUAAACCCGAGAUGAAUCUCAAAAGCUGAAAUUUAGAGGCCUGGAGAGGCGGUUGGCAAAAGAAGGCGAGGAGCUCUCUGCUGGAAAGCUCCUGGUGAUGCCUGAGGGCGGCCUGGCGAUGGGUGCUGUGUGGAUGACUGUCCCCACCAGGCAGGGCUGCAGGGGAAGGGAGGCGCAGUGGUGUCAGGGCUCCUUCCACGGAGUUAGGUCAAACGUCCACCAGAGCAGAGAGCAUUAGCAAAAACUGAUCCUGGGAAAACUUCCCCUCGUGCCCCUUGCCCCCCGGUUAAUAAUGGAAGUGUGUUAGUGAGAAGGUUGCUUCCUUCUCGUCUGCUCAUCCUCUUCUUUUCUGUAGGCAGUUGGCUUCAGGUGCCAUCCAGCCCAUCAGAAGAGCUCAAAACCUCAAAAGCCUUUCAGGCUGCCAACUCAUCAGGUCCUCACUGCCUGGGGCACUUGGCAGGAUCAGCCCCUCCACGCCACCUGCAUUUCACCCUUGCAGGGAGCCCUGGUUCAGGUGCUGCAUGCAUCCUGCUGGCAGCUCAGUUUGCAAAGUCCCUUUCUCCGUUAUGCAGCUCAGCAUGGAGGAAGUUUUCCAUCUGCUUUUCCCACCUAGCACAUUGCCCGGGAGACAGGUCGGUGUUAGCAUUAGUGCCACUUGCUGCUGUGGGCUCCUGCGAGCUCAGGACCCUUUUGAGCAACUUUGGGUGGCCAGAGCCAGCCUCUGCUCACAGAGCUGGAGUCCUCCUCAGCUCAGGGGAGAUGGUGGCCUCUCCCAGCACAGUUUCACACCUCAGCUUCACUCCUACAGCCUGGGAGCGACUGCUCGUGGCCGAGUCCCUUCCCCACAGGGAGGCCUUCAACAUGCUGCUAUUGAUUUUUUUUUUCUAAUUGCCAUGUCAGCACUGGCCAUCUCCUCCAUGAACAGAAGUGCUGCUCUGAGUCUUAUUAAAUCCAGGAACAGAUUGCACUGAGGCAAAGCUUUGGCCUCUGUGUUUAGGGGCUGCACCAUGCUCCCAGGGGAGUGAGGAAGGAGGACCAUGGGGCACGGGUGCCUGCCCACCUCCUGUGCCUCUUCCCUGGGGCACGGCCAGAGGGGUCCUUGCAGCAUCUCCCCCCUGUAAGGGCCUUGAUUGCCUGGUGGAGUCCCAUGGGAAGACCCUCUGUGACUGAUGGACAUGGAGUGGGAGGUGAGAGGGAUGCUGCACAACCUCCUCCCGGGUGGUGGCACAGGGCGAAAUCAAACAAGAAGCUUGAGGCAACACGAGAGGGUGCUCGUGCUGAUGCAAUUUAGCUGCUUACAAAGUCCAGGUCACAUCAGUGCCAAGAGCAUCUCUGCCACAGACUGUGAGCCAAGGCUGCACCCACGGGGCCACCAGCCGGCCUCCUUGGCCACCGGUGGGCUCUGUGGCCAGCGGGAGGGCAAGCUGGAGCAGAAAGCGGUGAACGGUGCGGGAUGGGGUGGGAAACUCCUAUCAGCUGCUACCCCGCUCCCUCCCCACCCUCUCGCAGAUGGGCUGAGCUGGUGUCCUCCUGCUUUUCUUGCAUCUUCCGCUGUCCCCCCCAGGCUGAGAAAGGAGGAUGGCACCAGAGGACUCUUGGAGUCGGGUUCCAGCUACCUCCCUUCCGGUUUCACUUGGUUGUAACUGUCGGUUUGUUCUAGGUUUUACCUGUGUUUAAGAAAAAAAAAAAAAAAAAAGGACAAAAAAAAAAAAGAGAGAGAGAGAGAGAAACAAAACCCAAUAGCCAACAAAAGUUUCUUGCUGCAACUGAUUCAAGUGGGGAAAAAAUACCAAUUGUGAGGCUUUACAGAGAGGAAGAAAAUGAAAAAAAAAAAAAAAAGAAAAAAAAAAAGAGAAAAGAAAACCCGCAUAAUCCAAAUCCAAGAAGAGCAAAGCCUAUUUUUGUGUGUUUGAAAGGAAAACACUGAUUCUGCCAGCUGAGUAGAGCUAGAUACUUAAGUGUAGAUUUCCCUAGAAGUACCGUGAGGUUUUAUAACAUUGUCUGGUUUUGUUUUCCUUGUACUUUGUGAUAAGUCCAGGAACUAAGGCUAAGGUAUUUUUCCCCUGGUAUAUUGUUGUUUGGGGGGGGAGGGGGGGAGUUUAUUUUUUUUUUCCAGAUUAUUUUUUUAAGUGUGUAUUUGUGCUUAUUUUUUACAUUAUCCGACUGUACGUACGCAUUUAACCAGUAUUUCACUGUGCUCUAAUUACUGCACUCAGAAGCACUGCACAGUCUGAAUCCCGAAGAGCUGCGGGAGGGAGCGGGAGGGGAAGGAGCACGCUGCUGUGUCAGCAGCCAGGGGAUGCUCCCCAGCACUGGAAGCAGGGCACCGACGUCCCCUUCCCCAGCUCCAGCCCAUUGCUUCCAUUCGAGGCCAAGCUAGAAGACAGGAGGGCACAGGGUGAAGUCAGCCAAGGCUGGGAUGCCCGAGGGGGGUUCAGAGCUGGAAGUUUGUUGUUUUAAUGUUUUUGGAUGGUGUGGAGCUUACCAGCCUUUCGGCCUCAUCCUGCCCUCCCCUGCCCGAUCCCUGGAUGCCCCAGUGAGAGCUGGUGGGCAUGGUCGUGUCACGGGGAGAGUACCCUGUGCCCAGUUUAGACAACGCUCUUGAUACCUUCAUGAUCGUGGGCCCCAUUUUGGUCUUUGAGCUGAUGUCCUUCAUGUUUCUUCCAUGCCACCCCGUCAUCCAGGACAGGCCAUCUCCUGCCAGGGAGAGACCCCUUUCCACUGGAGGCCCUUGACCACUGAGUUCAGUGGGAGCUUGACCAAGGCAGGAGCAGGUCCAGGUGGCCCAAGCUGUACUUUCUUGGAGCUACGGGUGAUUUGGACAGUCAGGGUUUGGUGUUGGGCUGCUCCUGCCACCCGGGGAACCAGUGUUGAAAACCCCUGGUUGCUUUAGGAAGAACAAAGUGGGGCUUAAGUCUUAGUUUGGCAAACUGAUUUUUUUCCCCUUUUCACCGGAUCUACACAUCCAAGAUUCAAUGAGAAGAAUAAUCGCUUCCUCUGAGGCCAGUAACAAGAGCUUGCGUUGGCUUCACGUGACAGAUGAGGAGUCUUGGUGCUACUUGUUGGUGUUGUUAGUCCUGUUAGGUCGAGAUGCAGAGCUAACGAGUCAGGAGUUGUCUUUGGUUCCCAUUCUGGUUUGGUCUUUUGGUUUUUCAUUCAUUCGGUGAGGCCACAAUUCAGCCACCAGUUUCCAUCUUCUGAGUGCAAAGAACCAGGGCUUUAACGAAACAUUUCACCAGCAAUUAAAGAGGGAAUUGGAACCAUUGCGGAGUUUGCAUUGUACGGCCUCUGUAAUUACGUACCUGUCUGCAGAUGAUAGGCUGAAUUUUGCUUCCAUCGAGUCAACAGGGGGGUUUUGUUGUUGUUGUUGUUGUUGUUGACUUCACUGGGAGCAGGAUUGAGCCGUACUAUAUAUAUAAAUAUAUAUAUAAAUAUAUAUAUGAUAUAUAUAUAAUAUUAUAUGUGUAAUAUUAUAUAUAUAUAUCAAUGUAAUAUUUACAAAUAAAACUGUGAUCUCGUCUAGAGAAAAAUGUAUUCAUAUUACCAACUGCUCUUCCAUAUUUAUGUAUCAUAUUGUAUCUUUUUAUUAUUGUUAUAAUUAUUAUGAUUAUUAUGGUUAUUAUUAUUAUUAUUAUGGAAUCUUUCUUGGCACCUUUUGGAAGCCACGUCAACCAAUACUCCAAUGAAGUGCUGAGGAUCUAUUUUCACAAGAAUUCUACUGGUCUACUGUAUAAAAGAGAAAAGAAAAAAAAAAAAAAAAAAAAAGAAACAAGCAAAAUACAGUUCAACCCUUAAUUCUGUACCUCACGCCUGUACGUUUGCUGCUCCGAUUUUGGGUUUUAUUUUGCGUUCGUUUUUUUUUUUUUUUAACGGAUCUAAUUUAAGUCUCCAAGCAAUAUAUAAAGAUGUAAAUAGUAAAGCUUAUUUAUUAAGAUUGUCAUCUUUUUUAAUUUAUAUUUACACAAUUGUUCAUCUAAUUUAUUUUUUUUUCAAUACAGUUUUUAACAGUUGUCCUUUUUUGGUUCAUGAGGUUUUUUAAAUCAUUUUCACAGAAUUUCUUUAUACAGGUCUUUUUCUUUCUUUUAAUAAACAACAACUUCCUCUGGUCUUUCAAAAACAGGUCAUGUUUCACUCAAAAAAAAAGUUAUGUCAGAUUCAUCAGAAAUAUUUUGCCAUUGUUGAUUCCUAUACCCUAAAGUUCUAUAUUAUAUAAAUAUAUAAUACCUUGUAUGCUUAAAUAUUUAACUGUGUGAUUUUGUAUAUAUCUUCAUACACAUGCUCACACACAUAUGAGGGUUAAUGUCCCCAAAUGUUGGGAGAACAGAGAAUCAGAAACACAAACAAUAUAAGCUUGUAUUAAAGAGUUCUGAACUGGA